ACUCACACAGCUUCUGACACACAAACACACACACGCGCGCACACACAGUAACUGCCUGUGCCAGAGCUUUGCCUGCGCUGUCAGCUCAAGCCCUCUUAAAGCUGUUUUUCGGCUGGAGAUCAGUGCGAGCUAACGACACACAGCUGUCUCCGCUGAGCGCAGAAGGAGGACAAGAGGAGAACAGAGGGAGGAGGAAAGAAGAGGAGGAGGAGGAGGAGGGAGGAGGAGAAGGGAGGAGAGGACGAGCACAGGGGAAAACAAAACCUCUAGCAGCCUCUUAACUUCUCUGUCCGGUCCAGUGCAGUCAUUCUUCAGCAGGGAGUGUUUUCUGCUACUUUUUUUUGUGUGUGUGAGGGGGGUAGUAGAAGAAGAAGAAGAAGAAGAAGAAGAAGGGCUGUAGUUCACAUGACAUAAUCGGAGUGAAUGGGUUGCCAUGGUGACUCACCCAGGGAGCCUGACCCGUGCAGAGUGAAUGGAGGGAGCGCCUUGGACGCCGAGUGAACGAUAAACUAGCGGAGGGGAGUCACCAGAGAGAACGAGGGAGAAGGAGAGGAGAGCUGAAGGAAGUGGUGGAUAAACGAGGGAACGCAGAGGAGCCGAGCAGAGGCUGAGAAUGGAGGACGGGUUUUCCAGCUACAGCAGCUUGUAUGACACCUCGUCACUGCUACAGUUCUGCAACGAUGACAGUGCGUCGGCAGCCAGCAGCAUGGAGGUGACGGACCGCAUCGCCUCCCUGGAGCAGAGGGUCCAGAUGCAGGAGGACGAGAUUCAGCUGCUCAAGUCCGCUCUGGCCGACGUGGUCCGCAGACUCAACCUGUCUGAGGAGCAGCAGGCCAUGGGGUCACGCAGAGGGCCCACCAAAGACCCCGCUAUGAUGAGAAAGUCUCCCUCAGCAGACAGCAAUGUUGGGAAGCCAGCCAGGCCAAUGAUUGCCACGCUGCCGUUACGGCCCACUGUAAACAACGGGACCAUCCUACCAAAGAAAGGCAGCGGCACGUUGCCCUCACCAUCUGGAUCGGGAUCCAGAAAGGACACCAGCACAUCAUCCAAUAAGAGUUUGUCCUCUCUGUCUCGUUCUACCAGAAUGCUCUAUCUGCCUCUCAGCACUGUGAGGAGGGCCAGCUCAAACGAACAUGUGGGAACUCUCACUCGUAAAGAUUCGGGCGACUCCAAGAACAACCGAACACGCGCCGGAUCCACCGGCAGCAACUCCAGCGGGAAAAGAAGCGAGAGCAAACAAAGGGAUCCGGUGUUCAACGCAGGAACGCGACGUGUGACCCACUGCAAAGAGGAAGGUUAUGUGAAAAUGUAUUUGAAGGGUCGCCCCAUCACCAUGUACAUGCCCAAAGACCAGGUGGACAGCUACUGUCUGGAGGCCAGAGCCGAGCUGCCCGGCAACAAACUCAAACUGGACUGGGUCUACGGUUAUCGCGGUCGAGACUGCCGCUCCAACCUUUACUUGCUGCCCACUGGAGAAACGGUGUAUUUCAUCGCCUCGGUGGUGGUCCUGUUCAACGUGGAUGAGCAGCUGCAGAGACACUACACUGGACACACGGACGACAUCAAAUGCCUGGCUGUCCACCCUGAUAAAAUCACCAUGGCAACCGGACAGGUAGCAGGCACCUCUUCGGAUGGGAAACAGCUGGCUCCUCACGUUCGUGUGUGGGACUCUGUCAGCCUCAACACCCUCCACGUUCUGGGCGUAGGUUUCUUUGACCGGGCGCUGGUAUGCCUGGCUUUCUCCAAGUCGAACGGAGGAAACACUCUCUGCGUUGUAGACGACUCCAAUGACCACGUGCUCUCUGUCUGGGACUGGCAGAGAGAGGACAGACUGGCUGAGGUUAAGUGCUCCAACGAGUCAGUGUUUGCCGCAGACUUUCACCCGACAGACAGCAACAUCGUCGUGACUUGCGGCAAAUCCCAUCUCUGUUUCUGGAAUCUGGAGAAAGGCAUGCUGGUCAAGAAGCAAGGACUGUUUGAGAAACAAGAGAAGCCCAAGUUUGUGCUGUGCGUGACCUUUGCAGAAAAUGGAGAUGCAAUCACUGGAGACUCAAGCGGGAACAUCCUGGUGUGGGGAAAAGGAACUAAUCGCAUCAGCCACGUCAUCCAAGGAGCUCACGAGGGCAGCAUCUUUGCUGUGUGCAUGCUGAGGAACGGCACGCUGGUGUCUGGAGGGAAAGACCGCAGGCUCAUCUCCUGGGACGGCAGCUACCAGCAGAUACAAACGGUGGAGGUGCCUGAGUUGUUUGGUCCCAUUCGGACUAUAGCAGAGGGCAGAGGGGAGACAGUGCUCAUCGGGACCACCAAGAACUUUGUUUUGCAGGGAAGUUUGGAUGGGGAAUUCAUGCCAAUCACACAGGGUCACACUGAUGAGCUGUGGGGUCUGGCUGUCCAUCCCUGCAAGUCUCAGUUCCUCACAUGCGGUUAUGACCGACAGGUCUGCAUGUGGGACUCAAGCUCCCAUCAGCUCAUCUGGACCAAGACCAUGGAAGAUACUGCCCAGUCAGCAGGCUUCCACCCCUCUGGAGCCGUGGUUGCCAUAGGAACCCAGACUGGCAGGUGGCUGGUGCUGGACACUGACUCUAAGGAUUUAGUCACAGUGCACACAGAUGGGAAUGAACAGCUGUCCGUUAUGUGCUAUGGGCCAGAUGGUAACUUCCUGGCCAUCGGUUCCCAUGACAACUACAUCUACAUCUACGCCGUGGCAGAGAAUGGGAGGAAGUACAGUCGAGUGGGGAAGUGUUCGGGUCAUUCCAGUUUCAUCACCCAUCUGGACUGGUCCUUGGACUCUCAGUAUCUCGUGUCAAAUUCCGGCGACUAUGAGAUACUGUACUGGAUCCCAUCAGUGUGUAAACAGGUGGUCAGCGUGGAGACCACCAGGGACAUCGAGUGGGCCACCCACACCUGCACUCUGGGCUUCCAGGUGUUUGGCCUGUGGCCCGACGGCUCAGACGGCACCGACAUCAACGCCGUGUGCAGAUCCAACGAUAAGAGCCUCCUGGUCACUGGGGACGACUUCGGGAAGGUCCACCUCUUCUCAUACCCCUGCUCACAGUUCAGGGCUCCCAGUCACGUUUACGGCGGCCAUAGCAGUCACGUGACCAACGUGACCUUCCUGUGUGACGAUGGCUACCUGGUGUCGACCGGUGGGAAGGACAUGAGCGUGAUGCAGUGGAGGAUAGUCUGAGUAGACGAACACACACUGUCAGCUUCUUACCGCUGCUGGGGGGGGGGGGGGCAGCUGAACAACACUGAACUGCACUAGUAAACCGAACCAAACUUAAGAAAAAAAAGAAAAAAAAAAGAAGUUGGAUCUGAAUGAACUGAAGUGAUUUGACAGAAGAGAAACUUGAGGUUUUCCUUCCCGAUCUGCUCACAGAUUCCAGAUGAGAUGAACUGUUGGAGGCCUGGACCACAAUAAAAUCCUCCAGCUUCUCCUUUUUCUUCCCCCACACUACAUGUAAAACAGCUCCCUCACGCGUACUGUAGCCUUGUCACCAACGACACGAGAUGAAGCGACUCAAACAGAUCAAAUCCAGCUGAACGGAACCAAAGGCUCUGACUUUACGACCGCAUUUGUACAGUUUGACUUCCACUGUUCUUGUAUCGUUCACGCUCCUGCCACAGAUAAUGGACUCAUGGGGGUUUAUUUUCGCUGCCCGUCGGAGCCGUUUAAAGACUGAACAUCAGCGAGUUGGUGAUCCAAGAGCAAUGCAUCUGAAACUGUGCACAAAGAGAAAGCAAAUUGUGAUUUUCUAAUUGUUAAAUUUUCUUUUGUUUUGUAUUUAACAACUCAGGAAAGCACUAGCGAAGCGAGACCCUUCCCUGUUAUUAACACUGACAUAUCAGAGAGAGCCUCCAGCAGUCCUGGAAACAUGCCACUGCAAUAUUCAGAGACCACGGUUAAUAUUAGAAUCCACAGUUUAAACGCUGAAUUUGCCGUGAUAAUAAAUUGAUACAGUAAGGAGAAUGCAGCCGAUCCGAGGUUUGUUGAUUAAAAAAACAAAAACAAAAAAAAACAAACUGGAUGUUUGUGCUCCCAGGUCUUAAAAAAAAGAUGCCUGCCCUAUUUAUUUAUUAAUCACUAGUCAAAUCCCUGACUGCCAUUUUCAUUUCCUUUCAGUUUUUUUUCCUGAAAACGAAUCCCAAUAAUUUUACAGAGAGAUUUUGAACAAACCUGAGGGAAAAAGUGUUGAAAUAUAAAUUUUCAGGAGGAUUUUAGGUUUCCUUUGCCUCGAGCGCAAAAAGAAGCGCAUUUUUUUUUCAGUGAUGUGAAGCCCUUUUAAAUCUGCGUCUUUCUACAUUUUAUUGCACCAAGGAGUUUGUGGAGGAUGAGACCAUUACACUGUAACUGUCUGAUGUGCUUCAUCAGUCACUGGCAAGAUAUUUAACUGAACUGAACCCUUUCAAGGUGUGGGUUGUUUUUUUUCUAUGAUGCACUGCUUCCGCCUGAUAAACAUACAGCAGGUUUAUUAACUUAAUUACCGUUUAGCACUUUCCAUAAACCGAUGUCCUUUUCAAGCUGAUUUCCAACAUCUACGGUACGCCGCCUCACCCCCUCCUCGUCUUCUGGUGAACAGAGAGCCGAGCUUACACGCGCAUGCAUGAGUAAAUGUGAUUUCUGUGAACUGUUGUCGAUUGUUGGGGAUGAGCAGAUUUGUGAUGUGGGGCGGGAUUAUCAGGAAAACAGUAUUUACACUCUGCAGGGUGAAUGUAACAUGACUUUGUCUUAUCAUUUAACACUUUGGGGCUGCAGAAUACCGCUGAACAUUUGACAUCUGUCUGACAGUAAACUAAACGUGAAAUGCA